CAGUAAAUCUGCUCGUAUAAUAUCGAACCGUUGAAACGAUCGACAAAAAUAGGGAGACAGUUAAUUUUAUGAAUAUGUCUUCAAAAGUGUUUCAGAAGAACGACGACUUGAAUUUUAUAUCUGGGGAAAUCCCGUAUUACAGUACACUCACGAAGUACUUGAUACUCGUAGGACAACAUCCGCAACAAUCAAAUCUUAGCCGCAAGACUAUUCUCACGAUUCUUUUAAUUAGUUCGAUAAGCUUGUUGGUGCCAACUAUUAUAGCAAUCACUACUUCGUUCCGUGAUAAAGACAUGGAUAGGGUUCUAGAAUGUGUACCGAUCGUAGUCACGGUACUGGUAGCUGUGAUAAAGAUAGUAAACCUUAACGCCAACAGAGAACAAUUUCGAACAAUAUACGAACUUGUGGUUGAGGAGUGGCAGUCAUUGAGACAGACGGAUAAAAUUCAUGUGUUAGAUGACAUUUCUGGGCAAGGAAGUAAGGUUGCUCAACUGUACAGAAGCACUUUAUUAACGGCCUUAGUAUUGUUCGCCCUGCUACCGAUGAUGCCUAUAUUCCUCGAUGUCAUUCUAGUAUUGAAUGAGACUCGAUUAAGACAGCAAGUGUUUAGAAUUGAGUACUUGGUAAACGGUGACGAGUAUUUCUUUCCUAUAUAUUUUCACUCGGUUUGGACUUCGGUUACACUCGUUAUAAUUAUUGUAACUGUAGAUUCCCUCUACAUGGUCCUAAGUCACCAUGCCUGUGGAUUAUUCGCGAUAUGCGGGAACCAGAUCAAACAAGCUACAAACAGUACCGCUGAAAAUAUUCAUAACAUCGUCGAGAAGAGGGCCAUGUAUCAACAGUUAAAGAAGUGCGUGAUGAGUCAUAAGAGAGCACUCCACUUUUCCGAACUCAUCGACGAUAUGAAUCGAAGCAGUUUUUUAUUACAACUAGGGAUGAACAUGAUCGGUAUCAGCGUCACAGCUGUUCAAACUGUCAUGAACUUGAAUCGAAAAGCAGAAGCACUCAGAAUUAGCCUUUUCCUCGUGGCGCAACAGUUUCACCUGCUCUUCAACAGCCUGCCUGGUCAAAGGCUCGCGGAUCACAGUUUACAAUUAGCACAGAAUAUCUACGAUUCUGAAUGGUAUCGGACACCGGUGAGAAUACAAAAAGAGCUAUUAAUGAUGCAAAUCAGGUCUGGCAUACCGUGUUCGCUGUCUGCGGGUGGCUUGUAUGACAUGAAUAUACAGAAUUUUGGAAUGGUUUUCAAAACGUGCGUGUCGUAUUUUACGAUGCUGAUGUCACUGAGGGAAUAACUCGUCGUGACUACUGGAAUGCAUGUACGCUUAAUGGUUGAGACAUUGGAGGAUUUAGUUAUUCUACAUUUCUACAUCUCUGUAUUAGAAGUUAUGCGAAGCGCGAAGCUAGCGCCACCUGCGGCCAAGUGGGACCUACCUACUGAUGCAUCAGUCUGGACUGUCAAACACGUAACAAAGUCAUUUUCGUUCGUCUCUGCAACAGUAUCUG